AUGUCUCCCGCCCGAGUCCUCGAGACCGUCGGCCAGAACACGGAGCUUCAGACGCUGGUCUCGGCGCUGGAUGCCCUCCUCGUAACUACUUAUCAACUCAGCUUAAGAGAACAGGACUUGCGACGCAAGGUGCAGCUGGCUCAUGACGAGUAUCAGAAAUUAGCCGACCGAGUGGACGGAGGCUUCCAAAAAGGCGAGGAACAGGUUCUAGCCCAAAUCUGCCCUGGUGAUUCUCAAUCCUGGCUGAAACUGGACCCGUCCCUGAAACCGCUAGAGGUAGUCGAUCAUCUGCGAGAUGUCGGGCACAUCCAACAUCAACUGCUCGAUGUCGUAGUAGCUGGAGUCAGCCGCUGUAGACCCGGGGUGGCGACUCCAAAUGGCACAGGCUCGGAGAUUAGGUCGAAUCCGUGUAUAGUGGCUGAAAAGGCUCGACGGCCGUCUCUGAUUGAACGAGAUUUUACUACCACUGGCGUGCGAGGCAGUCUGAGGUGUCCGUUUGCAAAACUCGUCGGUAACGAUCAGUCUGUAAAUGGCACUCAAGACGGGCAGAGCUCGACUAACAAAUGUGAAUUUGACCCUAUCAAAGCUGAUCUUGCACCGGAGCUUGCGUCUAGUGCAGGUGUCUCGGCUAGGUCCUCGGCGGCAGCUCGUUGUCCUAUCAGGUACAUGGACGACCACUCUCCGGAGGAGCUCGCCCAAUACUUUGAGAACCACAAGCAUGAGAUUCCCAGAAGCCAUGCAAUAUGCGUAACGCGGUUCCAAAGGAAUGGAGCGACUAUGAGGCAGAUGGAUGCUAAAUAUGGCAGCUUGGUGAACAUGAUACAGGGUCUUGGUGCAAAACACAAGGCUCUUCUUCCACAUCCAGAACACAACGGAAGCAGCUCUACUCCGGAGGAAAGGGUAGAGAAAUGGGCUGAAGAUGUUAGUUCCAAAUCUCCGCAUCCAGCAACUCUGAGUACUGUCGAAGAGGAUGGGGCUGAGGAAUCUCCAACCGACCGGACCAGCCGCUUCGAACGUCCUCUACGUGAGAUCCGUGUUGGCGAGUCUCCUAGUCGUCCUUGGGGUAUUCCCGUUCCUGUUUCCCACGAACCUCUGAGCGCUAUGAACAGCCCGGUUGCUCCGGUGCAGGUUUCGGUGUUGAAAGACACGCCAAAUCUUGCUGCUGACAGCGAGAUGCCUUCAUCAUUGCAGCCACAGGAUUCGUCGCCCACUCCGGGAAGACCACGAGGCAAAUGUCCUUUCGAUCACAAAGCGUUGAUGCAAUCAUCACCUGAUACCCAGCCGACGCCGCCUGUUUUAAACAGCAGCGCGCCUCGCGCUGCGUCCAGUAGUGCCAACAAGGACCCCCUUCCACAAAAACAAGAGAAGACCAGCGAGGGGCUGAACAUGCCAGCGGCCAAGCCUGCUCAGAUGGUUUUCAAUGGCCCUGUCUUCUUCGGAUAUUCUGCGGAAGACGCUGCAGCGUUGAUGCAACAACUUAGUGCAGAGGCCGAAUAA